AUGGAGGUGCUUUCUCCAAGCUUAAAGAAACUGUGGAACGAAUGGCAGCUGCGGGCGUUGGUUUUACUUAGCCUCACUCUCCAAAUAAUUCUUAUCCUUUUAGGCAAUCGUCGAAAGUAUACUCCCAAAAUUAUAGUAUGGCCUGCUUACUUAGCAGCAGACUUUGUGGCAACUGCUGCACUCGGUGUCCUCGUGAGUAACUUGUUUAGUCAUUCUGGAACUCUUGAUCCAAACCUCCAGCUGCAAGCGUUUUGGGCACCAUUUCUCUUGCUGCACUUGGGUGGGCCUGACACAAUCACUGCCUAUUCUGUGGAGGACAACGAGUUGUCGUCCAGGCACUUGCUCCAGGUGAUCUUCCAGACAGGAGUUGCAUUUUACAUCCUUCUCAUGGCGUGGACAGGGUCCCAUAUUUCAAUUCUAACAAUGCCAAUGAUAUUGGCAGGGCUUAUCAAGUAUGGAGAAAGAACAUGGGCCCUGUGGUCUGCAAGCAGCUCUGAGCAACGUAGAGCAUUGAAGCCUAGCUCUCAAAAUACGGUGCAAGUUUUGUUUGAUGAUGAGGAUCAUUCUGAGGCUGAAUUACUUCAAGUCGCCUAUGGGAUGUUUAAUAUGGCCAAGCAUCUCUUUGCUGGUCUUCCAAUACCUGCAACAAAACAAUCUGCUACGGCUAACCACUGGAAGUCGACCUAUAAUAAAAAUGCUUUUGAAGUAACUGAAAUGCAGCUUGGAUUUAUGUAUGAUUUUCUCUACACCAAGGCGUUGGUGACCUACACUCCCUCUGGCAUUGCUUUGCGGUUCACCACUGUGGCCAUUCUCUUAGAGCUUUAUGCAGCGCUUUUAUUGUUAUUGUCAGACCACACUGUUGCCUGGUUGAAAAAACAUAACAGAAAUAACAUCUCUCAAGCCAUUACUUCUCUCUCACUACCAAGAAAUCCUAGCUGGUCAAAGUCCAUGGGUCAAUUCAGUUUCCUAAGCUACUUCCUCAAUGAAAAACCCAUGGAUUUCGAAGGAAUCCUAAAGCUCUUAAAAAUAAACGAAAAGCUAGAAAAGCAAGGAUAUGUAGCUUAUCGUGAGGUCCCGGAGGAUUUGAGAAAACGGUUAAUUACAGGUUCUCGGAAAUAUAGGGAGCGUUUGGAAACAUUUUCAUCUAAUCUAUCUGGAAAGCGUAUUUUGGAGCAUUUUGGAGGUUCACUAGUAUUGGUAGGUUUGGAGUCUAAUUAUGACACUCUGCAUCGCACGAUUACGAUGGGUUUUCAGCAAACAAUCCUCGUUUGGCACAUUGCUACAGAACUCUCGUAUCACCUAGAUCGCGACUACUUCACCAAAAAAAAUCAAGAAACCAAAUGCAUUAGUGCAGAAAAUGUGCAAGGCAAGGCUGAGAAUACGGCUGCAUUAAACCGUAAAAUGAGCAAACUCAUCUCCAGAUAUAUGAUGUAUCUCCUGGCGAUAUCUCCUGACUCGUUACCAGGAAGUGAGGCACUUGGUCUGACAAGCUUUCAACACACUCAUGAUGUGGCCAGGAAAGGAUUAGUAGAAUUACAAAGACUCAGCACCGAAAAAGAAAGAAAACGACAGAUUAAAAUCCAGGCCUCCAAAUUGUUGGUGGAGCAAUACACAGAUUUACAGAAUUUGGAGGCUAUCAAAAAUGGCCUGUUUUGCAAAACAAAUUAA